AAACCAACCACCAAAUGGGUGCAUGUAAAGCACCCAUUUCCAAUCUACUCCUACCCUCACCACCACCCUCACCACCAACUCCAAACCAAAACGCCACCACUAGGCGCCUUCUCCUGUUCUCCCUUCCAUUAUUAACAACAGCCACCACUACAAAUAAUCUUCCUCUUAGUACCACUGGUGCUAAAAUAGCUAGUGUAAACUCAAGAAUACAGCUAAACUCUUGUUGGGCUCUAGCAGAGAGCUAUGACCCAGUAAGCCAAGCUGAGAAGGAAGCCAGUGCUUCCAUAUCCAGGAGAGUGUCAGAAGCUGUAGAGUUGUUAGAGAAAGGGAGGGAAUUGCAGGCUCGAGGUGACUUCAAUGAAGCUCUGCUCUACUUCACUCUGAUGGUUGAAAACUACAAAGAUUUCGCAUUCUCAGACUAUGGAAGAGUGGGGAGAGCACUGUCUCUUUAUGAGGUUGGGAACAGAGAAGAAGCAAUUGCAGAAAUGGAGGACGUUUCAAUAUCUUUGAAGGGAUAUCCAGAAAUACAUGCAGCUCUUGCAGCAGCCUUAUAUGCGGACAAGCAUGCCCUAUUACUAGCUGAAAACCAGUUCACCAUUGCCACUAUGCUCGAUCCUCACUAUACAGACCUGUCAUAUGUUAAAGAAACUAAGCAUUGGCCUCCAAGUCUGGUCAGUUCUUUGCAGCAGUUCAUCACACUUUCAUAGUAACCUGUUUUAUAUACACAAAUUAGCUCUUAGCCCGCUCUUGUGCGGGUCCUCCUGCCAUUGGAGGAACAUGGACGUUUCAUUCCGAUGAUUUUUUUUCUGUAGUGUGAAUUGUCCGAAGUUGUUUAAGUAACAAUAUGAAUAUAAGUAUGAAUUAUGGAGUUA